CCUGUGACAGCAUCAAGCUAAGUGAAAAGGCCGUCACGUCUGUUUAAAGACAAUUAUUGACAUGCCGAAGAUUCUUGCGCGUGUACUGUGCAAAUAAAAAUUGCAAGAUAAGUCAAUAAACGGAACUGUCGUGUACUGUACGCGUGCCUUCAAACAACAAGAUGAGUCAACAAACGGAACUGUCGUGUACUGUACGCGUGCUCGCUCUCAGACAAGAUGGCGACCGCCAUCCACCUGCUGGCGCAGCGGGUGUCGCGCUGGUGGUGCCUCGGGAAGGCGCGCUUCUGUCCCAUCGUGACCGUGGAUCUCGAUCCUGCGCGGCGGGAAAAGGUCACUGACGCGGUCACUGAAUAUCCUCACUGCUGCGUGACAGUGAACUGGGAAACCAUCAAACAAGUGGACGCCGAUUGCUUCGUGAAGAUCAAAGUGAAGAGGAACAAGAAGACGAUUCGAAAGCAAGCCAUCGAUGCCAGACGUCUCCUUGAGUGUUUGCAGGAUCUGCGACCCGCGCCUGGCAGGAUUCACGUCGCCUUGGACGUGUGCUCUUAUCAUCCACUGAGUGUGAGACUGGAAGUGAACACUGACGAAGGACGAGAACCUGAAGACCGCAACGGCAGCUCCUGUCCCCUUACCGAGUCUCAGAUCCCUCAGGAGACACUGGCUCCCUCGCCUCCGCUGGUCUGGCUGCAGCACUGCCCUCGCCCACAACAGUCGUCCCCGGCAGCCAGCCAAAAUCUCCUCAUUGAGACGCAUUGUGUUCGGCGCAUGUGUGAUGGAGGCUGGCCACGGCGUCGCUCAGCCAAUCAGGACGACCAUCUCCGUGACUCGGCCUCGCAACAAGUGCUGCCCGCGGCUCACUCGUUCUCACAAGGUCGCCACGUUUGGCUUCCAGCAAACCAGGGUAAUCUUGGCCAGGAAGACUUACACAUCGUACAGCGCCGCCGUGGACCUCGAGCACAUGUUUAAGUGCCCCAAUAAGUAUCCGGACUCGUGCCUGGCCAAGAUUUCCGUCCGUUGUCACCUCGGACAGAUGCACUUCGCCCAAAUCGGCCUGGAGGACUUCCUGGAGCAGCUGAUGUGUCGCGGACCUCCCGAGGAGUUCUUUUUGUUCGUGCGCAAGUGAAAGGUGUCCCUCAAGCCGGUGGUGCUCGGGAUGUCCUUAGGAAGUGAGGAGUCGGCUGCGUCCGACGAGGAGGAGGACGCGGUGAAGAAAUAGCAGAUUUAGUCAAGGGAGGCACAGAUGGACUAGAACGACACCAAUGAGAACAGAGACAGAGACAAGCAGUGGAGUGCAGAUUAUUACGUGGACACUGACGAAACGAUCGUGUCGUGGCUGGCGGGAAGUACAGCGGUGGAUGAUGCAAGAGGCGCCCAGAGUGAAGAUCAGCUGAACGACGCGCCUGACCCAUACAGGGAAACAAAAGAGUUGUGGAUAAAGAAGGAAAAGUUGAAGGCGGAAGAGACAGAACAUGACUGAGGACAAGAAGAGAAUGUUCAGACAACUGUCAGAGGAGAAACUGAAAAGGAUUGCGGACGAAGAAGCAAAGAUGGAGGCAGCUGGUAGGGGAGAGGAGCAAGUUGAAUAUGGACAAGGGGAUGAGGAACCAUCUGAUGAAGGCAAGGACGUAGAGGACUGUGGCCCAGUAGAGAGAACUGAAGCACCUGGUGGAGCAGAGAGGCGGCACGACUGUGGACAAAGAAGGAAAGGCGUAAGUACCACGUGGAGGAGGAAAUCCAAGGAACUGUGGCCAAACCAGCAAAGGUGGAAGCAGCAGAUGAGGGAGAGAAUCAGCAGAGAUAAGGAUGAGCGCAGAAGGCGGAAGCAACUGGUAAGGCAGGAAAUGAAAAGGACUGCGGAGGAAGAAGUAGAGGAGGACGCAGCAAGAGAAGGAAAGAAGCAGCAGGAGAGGCGUGACAGAGGCACCACUCUGGGGCAGGCUUGGGUGUGCUGCCGCCGGGUCUUGUGGGUCACGCUGGCCGUUGUCUUCCUCCUGGUCCUGAUAGAGCCGCUCCUGCCGUCAUUCCCCGACGAGCGCUGAGGCUGCGGCGAGGGGCGCGGCUGAGGGAAAGGGAGAAUGUUGUGAAGAAUAAAAUGCU